CCAACAUUUUUCAAAAUGGCUGAAGUGGAUGUUAAUUUGGAUCAUGUCAUACCAACAACCAUUCUUCCCACUUAUUGGGCAAAACUUCUAGUGGCAUCUGUUUCCUUUGUGUGCUUUGCCCAUAGUUAUGAUGGAGACUUUGUCUUUGAUGACUCAGAAGCCAUUGUCAACAAUAAGGACCUUCGAGCAGAAACUCCACUUGGUGACCUGUGGCAACAUGACUUCUGGGGCAGUAAACUCAGCAGUAACACUAGUCACAAGUCGUAUCGGCCACUCACUGUCCUAACUUUCAGGAUUAACUACUAUUUAUCUGGAGGUUUCUACCCAGUGAGUUUUCAUAUAGUAAAUAUCCUCCUACAUUGUAGCAUCUCUGUCCUAAUGAUUGACGUCUUCUCAAUAUUAUUUGGUGGCCUACAAUAUACCAGUAAAGGAAAGAGAUUAAACCUUGCUCCUAAAUCAUCCCUCCUAGCUGCAUUGUUCUUUGCUGUACAUCCAGUGCAUACAGAGUGUGUUGCUGGUAUCGUUGGCAGAGCUGACCUCCUGGGUGCCCUCUUCUUUUUGUUAUCUUUCCUUGGCUACUGUCAGGCAUUUAGAGAAAGUAACAAGGAAGGAACUCAAUUUUCUACGUUCUGGGUGCUGCUAAGUAUUCUUUUGAGUGCUGUAGCUAUGCUAUGCAAAGAACAAGGGAUUACAGUACUGGGUUUCAAUGCUGUAUUUGAUGCCUUGGUGAUAGGCAAAUUAAAUAUUCUAGAAAUUAUUCAAAAGGUACGACAUAAAGACAAGUCAUUAGAGAAUAUUGGAUGGCUUAAGAAUGGGGGCCUUCUCUUCAGAAUGACUCUCCUGUUUUCUGGAGGGGCAACAAUACUUUAUAUUCGCUGGAGAAUUAUGGGCACUGGGCCACCAGCCUUUACUGAAGUUGACAACCCAGCAUCCUUUGCAGAUAGCAUAUUUGUCAGAGCUAUAAACUAUAAUUACUACUAUUCAUUGAAUGCAUGGUUGCUGCUGUGUCCCUGGUGGCUGUGUUUUGAUUGGUCAAUGGGCUGCAUACCCCUUAUUAAGUCAGUCAGUGACUGGAGAAUAAUUGCACUAGCAGCACUUUGGUUCUGCCUAAUUGGCCUAAUAUGCCAAGCUCUAUGCUCUGAAGACAGCCAUAAGAGAAGAAUACUCACUCUAGGAUUGGGAUUUCUCAUUAUCCCAUUUCUUCCUGCAAGUAACCUGUUCUUCAGAGUGGGAUUUGUUGUUGCUGAAAGAGUCAUCUACCUCCCCAGUGUUGGAUACUGUGUACUUCUAACAUAUGGAUUUGGAAUACUAAGCAAACAUACUAAGAAAAAGAAACUCAUUGCUGCCACUGUAGUAGGGAUUUUACUCAUAAAUAUGGCACGAUGUAUUACACGCUGUAGCCAGUGGCGAAAUGAAGACCUGCUUUUCAGGAGUGCCCUGACUGUGUGUCCUCUCAAUGCUAAAGUUCACUACAACGUUGGCAAAAACCUAGCUGAUCAAGGUGACCAGACUGCUGCCAUCAGAUAUUACAGAGAAGCUGUAAGAUUGAAUCCUAAAUAUGUUCAUGCCAUGAAUAAUCUUGGAAAUAUCUUAAAAGAAAGAAAUGAGCUACAGGAAGCGGAGGAGCUGUUGUCUCUUGCUGUACAAAUACAACCAGACUUUGCUGCAGCAUGGAUGAAUUUAGGCAUAGUACAAAACAGCCUGAGGAGAUUUGGAGAAGCUGAGCGAAGCUACUGGACAGCAAUUAAAUACAGAAGAAAAUAUCCAGACUGUUAUUACAACUUAGGACGUUUGUAUGCAGAUUUAAAUCGUCCCUUAGAUGCAUUGAAUGCAUGGAGGAAUGCUACUUUUCUGAAACCAGAACACACUUUGGCUUGGAACAACAUGAUAAUAUUGCUUGAUAAUACAGGUAACUUAGCCCAAGCUGAAGCAGUUGGAAGAGAGGCGUUAGAAUUAAUACCUCAUGAUCACUCUAUUAUGUUCUCAUUGGCAAAUGUACUGGGGAAAUCUCAAAAAUACAAGGAAUCAGAAGCUUUAUUCCUCAAGGCAAUUAAGGCCAAUCCAAGUGCUGCAAGCUACCAUGGCAAUUUAGCUGUGCUUUACCACCGUUGGGGAAACUUUAACUUAGCCAAGAAAUACUAUGAAGUCUCUCUGAAGCUUGACCCUUUGGCACCAGGGACCAAGGAAAAUUACAAUCUACUAAAAAGAAAACUAGAGCAAUUGCAAACAAAUAGUGUUUGAUUGUUCUUUUCUCUCUAUCUUUU